CAUGGGCUCCAGUCACACAUUUCAUUGGAAGUGUCUUAACACUGUUAAUUGAUUAUACCAGGAAAUUUUUUUCGUCUCCCACCGGCCUCCAUAUUUUUCUGUCUUUACAGUUUACACUGUUUAUAUCAAGAAAUCUUUUUGAAAGAGAGAAACAACAAUUAUGAGAAAAUUUCAACCCUUUUAGAUUUUCUAGUUUAAACUUACUAGUCAAAUUCAUCUUAUUAAUUGCAAUCCACUAAAAUUUGAGGGUUUGCUAUAAUUUUUCUAUUAUUUUCCUUUUCUGAUUUCUUUAUAGUGGCGCCGAGUUGGUCCAUAACACAAAACUGUUGAAUCCUAUUUGGGUUAUGAAAUGAAGGUACGCUAAAACCCUAAGCUUGGCUAUUCUUUAUCUUCUAGUUACACACAACACUCUUCGUUAGGAGAAGAGGGGCCACUCUCUCUCACUCACUGCCCUUCAGGUGGGUUUCAAUCUCUUUCUCUCCGUCUCCCUUUCUGUGUGUCCAACGCCGUAUCUAAUGUUUUAUGUAUUGUAUAUUAAAUUGAGUUGUUUACUGGAAAGAGCAGCAACCAAGUUUCUGCAAAACCAAAACACAAGAAGAAGAAGAAGAAGAAGAAGAAAAGCUAAAAAAUCAUGGACAAAAUGAAAAUAGAAGAAGUUCAAUCUACUGCCAAGAAGCAGCGAAUCGCAUCCCACACUCAUAUUAAAGGCCUUGGUCUUGAGCCAAAUGGAACUGCAAUAUCUUUGGCUGCUGGCUUCGUGGGUCAGGUGGAUGCAAGAGAAGCUGCUGGUCUUGUUGUUGAUAUGAUUAGGCAGAAGAAGAUGGCUGGUCGUGCACUCUUACUGGCUGGUCCUCCCGGUACUGGGAAGACUGCGCUGGCCCUCGGAAUAUGUCAGGAACUUGGAAGCAAGGUUCCCUUUUGCCCAAUGGUUGGUUCAGAAGUAUACUCAUCAGAAGUAAAGAAAACUGAGGUUUUGAUGGAAAAUUUCCGAAGGGCUAUUGGUCUACGUAUGAAGGAAAAUAAAGAGGUCUAUGAAGGAGAGGUGACUGAACUCUCCCCAGAAGAAACUGAGAGUGUGACAGGUGGCUAUGGUAAAAGCAUUAGCCAUGUGAUUAUUGGUUUAAAAACUGUCAAAGGAACCAAGCAACUGAAGCUGGACGCCACUAUUUAUGAUGCCUUGAUCAAAGAAAAAGUGGCUGUUGGAGAUGUCAUAUAUAUUGAGGCAAAUAGUGGUGCAGUCAAAAGGGUGGGAAGGAGUGAUGCUUUUGCUACUGAAUUUGACCUUGAAGCAGAAGAGUAUGUUCCACUUCCUAAAGGGGAAGUUCACAAAAAGAAAGAGAUAGUCCAGGAUGUAACACUGCAUGAUCUGGAUGCUGCAAAUGCGAGGCCUCAAGGUGGGCAAGAUAUAUUGUCUUUAAUGGGUCAGAUGAUGAAGCCGAGGAAAACAGAGAUUACUGAAAAACUACGUCAAGAAAUAAAUAAGGUUGUUAAUCGGUAUAUUGAUGAAGGUGUGGCAGAGCUUGUUCCUGGAGUUCUAUUCAUUGAUGAGGUUCAUAUGCUGGACAUGGAGUGCUUUUCAUACUUGAAUCGUGCUUUAGAGAGUUCACUAUCUCCAAUCGUAAUCCUUGCUACAAAUAGAGGAAUAUGUAACGUACGGUAUGAUACCUCUUGUGCUGAUGUUGAAAAUGUUAGAAUAGAUGUAACACUGCAUGAUCUGGAUGCUGCAAAUGCGAGGCCUCAAGGUGGGCAAGAUAUAUUGUCUUUAAUGGGUCAGAUGAUGAAGCCGAGGAAAACAGAAAUUACUGAAAAACUACGUCAAGAAAUAAAUAAGGUUGUUAAUCGGUAUAUUGAUGACGGUGUGGCAGAGCUUGUUCCUGGAGUUCUAUUCAUUGAUGAGGUUCAUAUGCUGGACAUGGAGUGCUUUUCAUACUUGAAUCGUGCUUUAGAGAGUUCACUAUCUCCAAUCUUGGUUCAGAUUGUUCCUAAUACAGGUUCUUUCAAAUAA